AUGUACCUUGACCUUGCCUUGAAAGAGCAGAAAGGCUCUUCUGAUAAUAUUGAGUCGAAAUAACAGAAUUAGAAGAAUGAUCAAACAUUUCUUUCAUGAAAGAGACCUCAGCGUACUAAUGAGACCAACAGAGAAGGAGUCUGACCUUCAGAAACUACUUGAGAUCAAGGAUGAGGAUCUAAGACAUCAGUUUAUCAAAGGACUUAAUAACUUGAGAAACAAGGUAUUCAAAUAAAGUCCAAGCCAAAAAAUUGAACCAGACUUUUAUUAACGGAUCAAUGUUAGGAGAUCUGGCUGUAGCAUAUACUAAGUCUCUAAAUCAAGGUUCAGUUCCUAGGAUAGAGAGUUGCUGGGAUUAUAUGAUUGAGGCAGAGAAUAAAAAAGGAAUCUUGACAGCAUUCAGAUCUAUGCAAGAUCAACUAAAUGAACUGAUUUCUGACCUUCCCAUGAACGAGGAACAGCUUCAGGAUCAUAAAAAUUCGAUCCUUAAUCACACAAUACGAGUAUUCCAAGAAAUCUCAAUAAUUUCUAAAGACCAAAAUCUUGGCUCCCACAUCGAAAAUAUCUCAAAUAAACUCGAGCAGGAGUUUUUAAAUGUACUCAGAGAGAAUCGAGAAGUGACCAAGUCCCUUUUAGAAGCUUAUUUCGACAAGCAUUUUAAACCUCUGGUUAAUAAGAAUUUAAGCCUCCAGAAGUACAAGAAUUUUCAGGACUACAACAAAGAGAUGGAAAUGUUCAGAGCACAAUUCAGUAAAGAAAUGAAGGAUAAAGGGUCGAAUAUUGAGCUGAUGAUCGAUCAAAUUUUCUUCAGGUUCAACUCCUUGGUCUACCAAGAGAUAUCUUCCUCAAACUGACACCAUGUAGAGCUUGAGCUCGCUGCGACUAAGGAAAGACUUAGAAUCGCAGAAGAGGACAUCCAACGCCAAAGAGUUGAAUUUCUUGAAUCCAGAAGUUUAUUAGAGAGUAAAAUAAACCAACUUGAGAGUGAGAGAGUCCAUUUUUCAGCACAGAAUCAAAUUCUUAACGAGAAAAUCUCUCUUAAAGACCAAGAAGUUCAAAAUGUUUCGUUUUCCUGGAAGCAGAAAUGGGAAGAAACUAACGAGAAUUUGUCUAAAAUUCAAAAGCAAUUUGGCACUCUCGAGGAGAAAUACCAAAAGCUUAAGGAAGAGUCCUCUCAAAAGGAGAUUAAUUUUGUUAAAGAAAACAGUGAGAUUAUGACGCAGAAAAAGAUGGCUGAGAAUGAGGCUAAAUUUCUCCGUGAACAAGUCAGCCUAAAAGAUGUCAAAAUAAAGGAUUUACAAGAUUCUAUCAUGGCUCUCAAGGGGAGAAAUCAACAGCCCGUUAUUGAAGUCAAGGAAGUCCCUGUCCUUCAAGAACAGACUGAGAAUGAUGAAAGAGAUAAACAAAUUGAGCAAUACAAACUUGAUUUACGUCAUCUCAAUAAAAUCAAGGAGAACAUGGAAGUCACUUGUCAGUCCUUGCAGAAGGAAAAUAUUCAGAUUCUCGACGAAAACACUGACUUGAGCAAGACUCAUCGAAAUUUGGUUGACGAAAAGCAAGAAAAUAAAAAGCUGACUAAGAAAUUACUGGACCAUCUUAAAAAUAAAUUAAUCGAGAAACACGAGUCUAAUUGAGCCUUAAAGACAAUGUGCUCAACAAUGGAGGAAAGUUAUGCCCAAAUACAAGCAGAUCAUAACCGGAUGAAGGAACAAAUUGAGUCUUACAAAAGAAUCGAAGCUGCUUUUGAAGGGUGCACUAGUUUCAAGUGAAAGUCAUGCAUGAGACUUAUAUCCUCAGCGAACUUUAUCAACCACCAAGAGUUAUGCAACAGUUUAUUUGACAUUCCGUUGGACAUUACAGUGUGUGAUUUUGUGAAGCAGUCCUCUCCAGGUGAGAGAUCUCCUCACUAUGCGUAUAAUAUCAGUAUCACAGUUCUGAAUACCACGUGGUGCAUUACAAAGAGGUUUAAGCAGCUAUGGAUCCUCCACAAGAAGCUAAUGGCUAGCUUCCAGUCCAACCAGGAGAGGCUCAACGAGUUCGUAGAAAACACUAAGCAUCUUGAGUUUGAAGAGAGAGUUGAGAAAAUCAACGAUAAAGAAAGAACCAAACUUGCCAAUGAAAGAAUGUACUUUAUUAGAGACUAUUUGGCAGCAAUCAUUGACUUUGAUUAUGUCAGAAAGAACCUCGAUUUUAAUAAGUUCAUGGAGAUUUAUGAGCAUUUCGAUGAUAUCCAGGAAAACGCAGAAGUAGCCGAAGCCUCGAGUAAUAGCUUUGUAGAAGAAGUAUCUGAAGAAGAAAGUCAAAGAAUUGAGAGUCUCGAGAACGGACUUACUUCUUUCAUUUUAAAGAAUAAUCAAUAA